CAUAAUUAGAGGAUUCACGUCGAUGAGUCAUGGCGCGUACGUACAUGUACAUGUACGUUGUGGCAUGGAGUAAACAAGGCAAGCACACUCAUUCUUCUGGAGCAUUUUUGGCACCUUCCUGUCAAAAAGCAGAAUACAAUUAUCAUCACCAUGGGUUUUGUGUCAUCAGUCGUUUAUCGACCGUCGAGAUUCGCAGCUUCUGAGCCACGUGGCUACUCUUUCUAGAAGAGCAUGCGCCGAACCAGCAUUUCGUCCAUUCCGACGUCACGUGCCAGAGACUUCCACGAGUCUUUUGCAAACUUGUGCUCGGAUUUGAUGACUGACCUGUAGAGCAGCAAUGGCCUUGGACAACGUUUAUAAAGCACUAUUCUUUCUACAAUCAACAGCCUUCCUCCUGUUCAUACUAUAUUAUUUUCAGCAAUCUGAUAUAAUUCGUGCUCCGGCAGUCAUGAGGAAAUCACCAUGUAUAUGUCUGCACAAUCACACCAGGACUAUAAGGAUGCCACCCUGUAAAGAGCUGUUACUUCGCGGGCGUCUGUCGAACUGCACCUGGGGGGACAUCAGCUCCAGACCCGGUGUUAUGCUUCUGACGUCAACCAACCUUGCCUUUCUGGACAUGACAAUGAACAUGCUGGAGAGUAUAAAACGGACGAGAGUUUGCGUGAACACAACGAUUAUUGCAGAGGACGAGAAGGUUUAUGAAUACCUAUGGAAAAGGGCCGAAGGUGAUCCGGGCGUGUGGGUUGUAAAGACUUCGUCGGGUUACAUAAACUCCAAGGAAAUACUACGCAGAAACCCAAAACAGUAUUAUGAAAUGAUGAACAAACGUCAGGCGUACAUUUUGACGUAUUUGGAACAGGGAUGGGAAAUCUUGUUUACGGAUACAGACACGUUUUGGUUUCGAGACCCUUUUCCAUUCUUCGAGGGAAAUUUCGACAUCUCUUUAAUAGAUUCGGCCAAUCCAUUUGGGGUUCGAAACAGACAGUCCAAUUUCUGUGCUGGCUUCGUGUACUUCAAGCCAACGAGUGCUACCCUACAGUUUGUUCAGACUUGGAUUCAGUCAAUGAAAACAUAUGGCUGGAUGAGGUCAGAUCAAACGGUCAUGAACGGUCUUCUUUACUGGGAUAAGCCUGUGCAUAUUGAUAUCAAACCCUUGGACACAAACAUUUUCCCUUGGGGUCCCAAAUUUUACAAUCUUUUAGCGAAGAAAGCGAAUUAUUCGACAGUCGUAAUGCACGCCGCUAGUAUCCGCGGCCAUGCCGCAAAAGUUGCGAGUUUUAAGAGUUCCAACAUGUGGCUAAUCAACGCUACGAGCCAGGAACUUCUACAUAUAUCCUGAAACAUUAGUAAGUGCAUACUCGGAAAAUGUGCACUGGGAACCCAGGCUAAUACAAACUGCCUCACGGAGCACCAGAUCUUUUGUGGUAGGCAAUUGAUCAGUAUAUUCCGACACCAGAAGAUUCCAACAACCAGAAGAGGAGGAACGAUGAAGCUGAUUUGACCAUUGCACCUGGUUCGAUCAUUAAUUGCACUUGAGAAAGAAUUUUUCCCUUAGCUUGUUAAAAUGACAGAAGAAAGCAUCCAAACUAACAUAAACAAGCAAACAAAUAAACAUACACAAAAUGAACAAAUACUUA